AUGGGUCACGACUCUCACGUCACCCGUCGAAGGCUGCCGGCUCAGGAAGAGGUGUACUCGUUCUCGCCUCAGCUCGCUCCGCGGUCAAGAAAGCUAGUGGCAGAGAGAGACCGCCUGCCGGCAAGGCAGCGGUUGGUGGAGCUGGCGGAUGUGCACCGUGAGAAGCAUGCGCGGGCGCAGGAGAAGGCCAUCGAGGAAGUCAUGGCACAGUGCACCUUUACUCCGCGAAUCAAGCCGUACAAGCGGCCGAAAGAUGUCGAAGGCGUGUCGCUCGUCGAGCGGACUUACAAGUGGAACGCCGCAAGAAAGGCCAAGCUGGAGGAAGCUCGGGCAGCCUCGGAGCCACCAGCCGUUCUCGCCAUCGACACCUUUGACCCGGACGAGUGUACCUUUGCGCCCAAGAUCAACCGCGCUCGCAUCCGCGACGAUCCACCUAAUCCGGCCACCCUCCGCCCGCGAGUCCGCAAGCGGGUCCGAGUCCGUCGCACCUCUCCGGUCGCCGCCCCCGAAGCAUCGGACUCCGUCCCCGCGGCUGCUGCUGUGGGAGCCAAGACCGUCCGUCGGCCGGUCGAGUUUGUGCCGGGUGUCUUUGCGGUGUCACCGCCGCACCAGCCGGCGCCAGCCGCAACGAGCUCUCCGCAAGCCAGUGCCACCGACACCCUUGCUGCUGCCACUCGCGACGUCGGCGUCCAGGUUGCCAUCAAGGACCCGCGCACCGCCAAGUACAAGGCCAAGGCCAAGGAGCUGUACGCCGAGGUCCAAGCUCUUCGGCGUGGGUCGGCGGCGGCCGAUGGCCUGCUCCCCCCGCAGGACGCGCUAGACCUCUCGAGCUCGGUUGUCGACGUUGCGCUUGCGGUGCCGCUGGCGGCAGCGGUAGCAGCGGCCGGCGGCGAUGCGGUCCCGCAAGUCAACGCUGGCGUCCAGACCGAACUCGAGCUGCUCGAUUAUGCUGAAAUGCCAGACACUGCGGUGGCAGAAGCACUUUCGGCUGCGCGCCAUGUUCUGCUCCACCCGUCGGAGCUGGACGAGUUUGAAGCCCGGUCAUACGCGUCGUCAUGGGACGGCUCGCGCUCGGACGACGAGUGCUCGCCGCUGACUGGAUCGGCGCAGCGGCGAGUGGCGUUCCACGACAACAACCACCUCUCGCCGCAGUCGUCGCGCGUUGUCCAUCGUGGCGACUCGGCCGGCUCAUCGGUCCUCUCUGCUGAAGACAUUGAGGCCUCGGUCAAGGCCGAGGUUGCACUCAUCAAGCUCCCGUCGUCGCGGACACUGCUUCCGCCGUACGCCGGAGCGCGGUCGCCGUCGCCGGCUUACGGCUCGGGAUCAGACGCCGACAACGAUGACGCAAGCGCCGACAAGGCCGGCACCAUUGUUGACCACUCGGCAGAGCGGGUCUCGCGGCGGCGUGCCAUGGAGAUUGCGCUCAAGGACGUCCGGUUUGUCAUCAUGAAGAUGAACGCCGCCGACGGCGACGUCAUCAAGCUCCGCGCGGCGGCUGCGCUCGCGCGGACAUGCGUCGAGAAGGUCAAGGGCCUGCUCGACGGCUUGGCCGAGGUCUCGGACGACGAGCGCGAACGCGCCAAGCUGCUCCACCUCGGCGAGUCGAUGGAACACAUUGCACGUGACUGCUACGCGCACACCGACGACCUCGUCAACGCGCCGCGCGACGAGGGUGUACUCCAGCGGGUGAACCAAACGCUCGAGCGGCUCGACGACACGGUCGAGUACGCGCUUCGGGCCGGAACCGACGUGGCGAUUGCGCAGGACCUCGCCGAGGCACUGUCUAACGUGCCCUUUUUUGCCGCCGUCGACGACCCGUCGCUCCUCCACGACCUUGUCCACAAGAUGAAGGAGGAGACGUACGCUCCCAACGCGGUUAUUGCCACCGAGGGCGAGACCGGGGACUGCAUGUGGUUCCUUACCCGCGGCGAAGCCGCGGUUGUCCUCCAAACUGGCGACGAGGUCGCCCGGCUCCGCGAGGCCGACCACUUUGGUGAGAUUGCAGUGCUCAUCGAUACCCCGCGGACGGCUACGGUCCGGGCCGUCACCUACGUCACGGUGUACACGCUCUCGAAGAGCGACCUCCUCGCCGCCAUUGCUCAGCAUCCGGACCUGCUCGACCAUUUUCGCCAGGUCGCGCGCGCACGGCUGCAGGCAGACCACGAGCGCCGCCGUGCAGCGUCGCUUGCUAUGCGCCUGCAUGAGGAGCCGCUGUACUUGGUGCGCGAGCAGCUGGUGAGCGACCGGGCACAGCUGGGCGAUCUGGUCGUCCACAGCUCGCUCGAGUCGGUUCGCCCGGUCGCGCAGCGUGUCGUCGAGCGUGCGCGGACCGUGAGCGACCGCCUCGAGUCGGAGCUCCUCCGCGAGCGGAUGGCAGCGCUUCUGGAAACAACCGACGUCGACGCCAUUGACGACGUCAAGGCCCUCACCGCUGCCGCAACCAAGCUGGCGUCCGAGGCCAUCCGGACCAUCGCGCUUGUGUUCUGGCGGCGGCUCCUCGCCUCCAACCACAUGUUCGACGACACCGACGACGCCUUCCGCGACAUCCUCGUCUCUGGCUCCGAGGUCAUCGAGCUCGGAUUCAACGAGACCGUUGUCGAGGCCGGCGUCGGCAAGGGCCAGCUCUUGUUUGUGGCCUCGGGCUCGACGUCAGUGUACAUGCCCAUGGGCGAGCGUGUCGGCGCGCUCGACGAGGGUGGGCAUCUCGGCGAGAAGCAGCUCCUCUACAACGUACCGUUUGAGCGCACCAUCCGGUCGACAACCGACGUUCAAAUUGUCUGCCUCUCACACACCGCGCUCUCCAAUGCACUCAAGCUCCGUCCGCAGUACGCCGAGAACCUCGCCGCCGUCAAGGCCGCUCUCCUCGCCGCCGAGGCCGAGCUCCUGGAGGACGUCUCACGCGAGCAGAUCGAGCAGGAGACCCGGCAGCUCCUCCGUGAGCGGGACACCAUCACCCGACUUGCCGCUGGCAUCGAGAAGAGCCACCUCCUCGCUCUCCACACCUCGGAGCUCAAGGCCAAGCGCGCCCUCCUCGCCGACAUCCUCUCCUCCAUCGAUGCCGCCAUUGACGAGAAGGAGUUGCAGCAAGGCAGCGACGACAACCUGGCGACUUUGGUGGAGAAGCUGGCGGCGGCCGACGCAUCGUUUCCGCGGCCGAAUGCUGGCGAUGGCUCCGGUAUUCCGCUGAUACAAUUUUACAAAGGUGAAACCACACUAUUUGCGCUCAAACAAGGCCACGUCACCUACGCUUCGAGAUUCUUUGACAUUCUCCGCGAGAUGAUCACUCUCGAGCCCGGCGCACUGCGGCUCGAGGCCAUCCCAGCUCACGCCCUGGGACGCCUCGCCAUCCCGCUCCUCUUCCCGCACACUCUGGCAAGGGCGCUCGUGGUCGCGGCUGAAGAUGGCGUCGUCGAAGCGGCAGAGCCGGCCGAGAAGAUGAUCCGCCUCGCUGACAUGGUCCAGGUCGCGCCGACGAUCCUUGGCUACGACGCCGAGCUCCCUCUGCAGGUCUUGGCUCAGCUCCAUGCCCCGCCGACCAUGCGAGCGUCCGUGGCUCGAGUCCUUGUCUCUUCACUGGCCAGGCGGUAUGUGGUUGCGCGAUCGACGCCCGACUCGAGCGAGUUUGCUCUCGCUCACGCUCACUCGCUCCUCAUCUGCUCCGAUGUAGUCUUCCACACCCCGCCGGACUCGGCCGAGCUGGUUGUCCUCGGCUCAGUCGCCGAAGUCACCUUUACCGCGUGCGACCGCCAGACCCUUCUUGUCCGCGCCCCACACUCACCGCAGCUUGUUCUCACCGCCUCAGAUCCCGAAGCAUGGCUUGCUGCCCUUGAGCAGGCCGCCUCUCAGCCGAUGCUGCCUACCUUUGACGCCCGACUUGAAGCUCGCGUCCCGCAGCUGCUUCCGCUCGCACCGCCGGUGCUGGUGAGUGUGUCCAUCCCGGCCUCUCUCGAUGACAGCGACGAUGGAGACGAGAGCAGUACAGGAGCAGCCAGCGACGCCGCCGCUCUCUGCCGCGCCGUCCUCGACGCUGCCAUGGUAGGCGACAGCCUCCGACGGCCGCUCAUUGCACUCAGCCACGCGCUCCUCCGCGGACCACCGGCGUAUGCGCUGCCGGAGCAUCCGACUCUUCUCUACGUGCUCCUGCUCAAGCUUGAGUCAUUGCCAGCUCGGUUGGACGACGUGGCAGCGCUGGCCACCACCAUUGGGCUCCUUGUCGAAGCCUCGCCGGUCUGCCGUGAGCACGUUACCGGCGCACGCACGGUGCGGCACCUAGUGGCGGCGCUGUCCAAAGUGCUCGGCGCGCUGGCGGCGCGCUGCGACGACGACAUGGCCUUCAAGGCUGGCCAGGCAUGCAGUGCGGCGCUAGCGCGGCUGUUGGUAGCCGACCCUAGUCAGGUAGAGGCCUUUCGUGCCGCCGGCGGCAUGGCGGUGGGCUUGGCCUCACUGACCUGCGCCACCGAGCCGGCGGCCCCUCUUCCGGUGACGCUCACCUCUGGGCUUGUCGCACUGCUCUCCGCUGCGGUUAGCACCGACAAGUACGCCCGCAAGCGGUUUGUUGAGCUCGGCGGGCUCGAGGUGCUAUGCGAUCUUGUGCCGCCUCCCGUUCAUGACGCGACCCUCGCCGCGGUCGUCCUCGGCGUCUAUGCUGGCGUCGUCGCCGACGCCGAGAUCGAGUGCGGCUGGCGGAUGCAGGUGCUGGACGCCUCGGCAAGGCUGGCAGCAGCCCACCUGUCCGAGGCGAGUGUAGUCGCGGCGGCGCUGCAUGUUGAGGCAGCCACUGUAGCGGCGCGCUCGCUUCCACCGUCGGACGUGCGAAUCCAGAACCUGACCCUCGCCCUGGUCGGCUUUGCCGACCACGCCGACCUUGUGCGGCUGCCGGCGCUGGCGGCCAUCACCGGCAUGUUGGUCUGUACCCCGCUCCACCGACAGACGUUGCUGGACUCGGGCCUGAUCAACACCGCCAUGGCGGUUCUUGUGGCCGAGUCGGCCACCCUCUCGUCCGAGCUGGUGGCUGCCGGCGCGUGCUUGCUGGCGAGCGUGGCGUACGUCUUUGCACACGAGGGCGCCACGGUCGACACUACGCAUGUCGACGUUUUCGACGCCCAGGUUGGCGUCGACCUGCUGAUGAAGCUUGCCGGCCGCGACGGCGACCCCCACGACGCCCGGCGGCGGGUCUGGCUAGCAGCGGCGCGACUUGUGGCUGCACCCGGAAUCGGCGGCGCAGUCACGCGGGCACUCCAGCCGGACAUGGAUAGCCUUCUCGAACUCGCCGGGCGCGAGCCGCUGCUGGCGGUGCCACUGCUCACUGCGCUGGCGGCGGCGCCCGAGGUCGACGACGUUGUCCGCCGGCGCAGCAUCGUCCGUCCGCUCCUCGCCUUGGUCGCCGAGGCUGGGCGAGAGCAGCAGGGUGCAGUUGCGACCGCGCUCGACGGCCUGCGUGCCGCUGUCUACGCCGAGGCAUGGGCCAUGGGCGAGGUACCGCCGACUGGCGAGUGGGCGGCGUACUUUGGCUUUCUCCACCGUGCCGCGCCGAUCGAGGCCGACUUUGAAGCCGAGAAGCGUGCACGGCGCUUGCGGCGCGACGCGCGCCGCGCCCAACUGCCGAACAGGACCGCAACUCCGUCGGCACGCACGCUCCCGGCCACUGCCCGCAUCGCGAGCAUGGUCGCCCGUGCCCUCCCCGACAUGCACACCAUGCUCGCCGGCCCGCUCUGCCCCUGGCAGAUCGAGCGGCGGCUCAUAUCGCUCUGGGCACUUCUUGACGAGUGAACUGCUCGUGAGCACCUUUACCUCAAGCAUCCAUGGUAAACAGCGGCUGGCCAA